AUGUACAAGACCGGAAGCUUGGAGAUCGGAGAAGGGAGGAGGGUGUAUGGGUUGACUCAAUGCACCAGAGACAUUUCUGGAAGUGAUUGUAAAGUGUGUCUUGAGGAAGAAAUCAGGCGACAACCAGAUUGCUGUGAUGGGAAACAAGGAGGAAGGGUUAUGAGUGGGAGUUGCUACUUCAGAUAUGAUGUUUCCCUGUUUGUUAAAGACUCGAUGCUUAACAUGGAGAGACCAUGGGCUUAUUUGUCAAGCAACAAUACAGAACAGCAACUGUCUUUUCAGAGUUUGAUGAACCACGUUUUCAGGCCUUACCUCCGCUGGGUUAUAUUAGUUUUCUUUGAUGACAUUCUGGUAUUUAGUUCAUCUCCAGAAAGUCAUAAAGAACAUCUUAGGAUCACUCUUGAUAUCCUGAGGACUAAUAAGCUUUUUGCCAAAACAUCCAAAUGUCGGUUUGGCUGCACAGAGGUGGAAUAUUUAGGCCAUAUUAUUUCUGCAAAUGGUGUUUCUACUGAUCCAGGAAAUAUAAAAGCUAUGGGGGAUUGGCCAUUUCCUACCACUAUCAAAGCUUUGAGGGGGGUUUUUGGGCUUGACAGGAUAUUAUCGGAAAAAUGGUUAACUAAGUUGUUGGGAUUUGAUUUUCGGGUGGAGUACAAAAAAGGGGUGGAUAACAAGGUCGCGGAUGCCUUGUCUAGGAGAGAAGGUUGGGAGAAUGAAGUUGCAUUAUCUUCCAUUUCACUUCCAGUUGCUGAUUGGGUGGAGAAUUUAAAAGUUCAAUAUCAUCAUGAUCCAGAUCUUAGGAAAUUGAUUCAACAGUGGAAUUCUAAUAAGCUGGACCAUAAGAAGUAUUCUAUGAGGCAGGGUAUGUUAUUAUACAAAAAUAGAAUUCAUAUAGGAGGAGCUCUUCAGUUGCAACUACAGGUUCUACAGUAUGUGCAUUGUGAUCCAGCUGCAGGCCAUUCGGGCUAUGAGAGGACCAUGUGGAGGGCCCGAAGAGAUUUUUAUUGGCGUGCUAUGAAGCAGAGUAUUAAGAAAUUCAUUUGGGAAUGCCUUGUUUGUCAGCAAAACAAACUGAAUAAUACUUCUCGUGCUGGUUUGCUGCAACCCCUUCCAAUUCCUAAUCGGAUUUGGUCGGACAUUUCUCUGGAUUUUGUUGAGGGUUUACCCCUUUCACAUGGUCAUUCGGUGAUUUUGGUAGUAGUGGAUAGAUUAUCCAAGUAUACCCAUUUUAUCUCUUUAGCUCAUCCUUAUACAGUAGUGAAAGUAGCUCAGUUAUUCAUUGCUAAUAUCCUUAAGUUACAUGGGCUACCCACCUCCAUUGUAUCUGAUAGGGAUCCGACUUUCACAAGUCAUUUUUGGAAUGAAUUGUUUAAGCAACAUGGUACAACUUUGAAGAUGAGUUCCAAUUAUCAUCCUCAAACAGAUGGUCAAUCGGAAAUGGUUAAUAAGUGUCUGGAGAAUUAUCUUCGUUGCUUUACUCAGGACAGGCCUAAACAGUGGUUGAUGUGGUCACCUUGGGCAGAAUUUUGCACCAUUUCAGCUCAGGUUUACACAGACGUCAACUGUAUUAAUACCGCCAGUAAUUAUACUUCUGGCAGUGUCUAUGAGCAAAAUCUUAAUAGUACUCUCACAUCUCUUGUUGCCAAUUCUUCUCUAAGUGGCUUCUAUAACACUAGCGUGGGUGAGAAUCCUGAUGUGGUUUAUGGCCUGAUACAGUGCAUACCCGAGCUCUCUAAGGAGGAUUGUCAAACAUGCGCAAAUGCUGUAGCAACAGAGACCAGGCGCCGCUGUUUUAACCAGAAGGAAGCUUCCAUAGUUGCUAAUAAUUGCUCGUUACACUACUCAGACUGGCGUUUCUUCUCGACUGUCAGUGGUAAUGUAAGAGUUUUUUUUUAUAAUCUGGAAGAUGCAACCGAUGCGGUUCUUUUCAAUCGUCAGAUGGGAAAAUUGGUGAAAAAUAUCUCAUCUGAGGCUGCAGCCAGUCCUUCGAAAUUUGCUGUUGGGAUCACUAGGUACACAGAUUUUGAGAAUAUAUAUGCUAUGGCUCAGUGCUCCAGGGACUUGACAGAAAACAGCUGCUUGACUUGCCUGAAAGGGCUUAUAAGUUAUAUUCCUACUUGCUGUGACAAAAAAGUAGGAGUUCGUAUGCUCUCUCUGAGUUGCAGUCUCCGCUAUGAGAUAUAUUCAUUCUUUCUCUCACCAUUACCACCUCUUCCACCAGAGGUGUCAUCUUCUCCAUCUCCGCCAUUUCCUGACCACGCAACUACAAAUUAUGCAGGAAUGAAGAACUCAGAAAUUGUUGUUUUGGUGGUCAUCCCAGUAGCUAUUUCGUUGGUUGUCAUAACUAUAAUUUGCGGUUUCUUCCUAUGGAGAAGCACCAGAAGUAAAAGAGUUGAGGGUGUUCAUGAAGAUGGAGAUAGGAGCAUGGACUCGCUUUUGAUGAGUCUAAGUACACUUAGAUAUGCAACAAGAAAUUUCUCUGAUGCAUAUAAACUUGGACAAGGUGGUUUUGGUCCAGUUUACAAGGGUAAAUUCUUUGAUGGACGAGAAAUAGCUGUUAAAAGGCUAUCAAGGAGCUCAGGGCAAGGUUUAGAAGAACUCAAAACGGAAGUAGGGUUGGUUGCAAAAUUGUUGCAUCAGAACCUGAUAAGGCUGUUAGGCUUCUGCUUAGAAGAUGGAGAGAAACUUCUUGUCUAUGAAUACCUACCUAACGGGAGCUUGGACCAAAUUUUGUUUGAUCAGAAUAGACGGUUCAGUUUGGAAUGGAAAAGACGCUACAAUAUAAUUAUUGGAAUUGCUCGAGGACUACUUUUCUUACACGAAGAUUCUCAGCUGACGAUUAUUCAUAGGGAUUUGAAAGCUAGUAAUAUCAUGUUAGAUGAGUACAUGAAUCCAAAAAUUUCUGAUUUUGGUUUGGCUAGACUAUUCUGUGGACGCCAAACUCAAGGCAAUACAAAUCGGAUUGUCGGUACUCACGGAUACAUGGCACCUGAGUAUGUAAAGAAUGGGCACUUUUCAGCUAAAUCAGAUGUCUAUAGCUUUGGUGUCUUGGUUUUAGAAAUCGUGGCAGGUCGAAAAAACUCGAGUUUUCGCAAUCCAAUGAAUCUACAAAGUUUUGCAUGGCAACACUGGGCCAAUGGAGCACCUUUGAAGCUGAUGGAUCCAACCUUGGAGGAUCAGUGGCCAACAAAUGAAGUUUUGAAAUGCAUCUACAUUGGGUUACUAUGUGUUCAAGAAUCUGCUGCUGAUAGGCCUACAAUGUCUGAGAUUGUUAUGAUGCUUAGUUGUUAUACUGUAACUUCCCCAGCGCCAUCACCACCAGCAUUUUUUGUCACUAUGGAAAAUCCUGAAUCAGGAUUGAUGACAGAAAAUUUUGGAGCAUCAUCUCAAAAUGCUGAAUCUAAACCAGAUUCAUUACAGCAGUCUCUGAAUUGGGUUACAAUUACUGAUUUAGAUCCUCGCUAGCAAUUGAAUUGUAAGGAACCACUGUUAAAAGACUUCUUUACUGUUGCUAUAUAUGAUUGAAUAAGUCUGAUGCUCA